AAUGUUAGUCAUUACUCAAUGGUCAAGGGAAUGGUAAUGGAGUGGUGUACUUAACCAAAUCAGAGCCGGAUAAUACACAGAAGGGUUUUUGCGUCGUUUUCCCUGUUUAGGGCUUUGAGCACAGAGCGAUUCAAAGGAAACAAGUUCUCUCUGUCUUCGACAUUCAACCAUGGCAGACGACGACUACAAUGAUGUGGAUAUGGGAUAUGAGGAUGAGCCGCCAGAGCCUGAGAUUGAAGAAGGAGCAGAAGAGGAUGUUGAUAACAAUAACAAUGAGGAUGUUAAUGGGGAACCCAUUGAAACUGAGGAUAAAGAAGAACAAGAAUCUGUGGAACGUCCUCGUAAAACAUCAAAAUAUAUGACUAAAUAUGAGCGUGCCAGAAUUUUGGGAACUCGUGCUUUGCAGAUCAGCAUGAAUGCUCCUGUAAUGGUUGAGUUGGAGGGUGAGACUGACCCACUUGAGAUUGCAAUGAAGGAACUCCGCGAGCGGAAAAUACCUUUCACCAUCCGGCGCUACCUCCCUGAUGGAAGUUAUGAGGACUGGGGAGUGGAUGAAUUGAUCGUGGAAGAUUCUUGGAAGAGGCAAGUUGGAGGUGAUUAAUCAAAUGGCAUUUGAUCAUUGCAGCUUAUCAUUUAGUCAUUGGAAGACGGCUUCUAAAAGUGACUUCCGGUGUAUGGUAGUGCAACAUCAUUUUAUCAUCGACAAGCAUCUAGUUGUAUAAAUGGUCUCUUAACUUUCUGCUAGCCCCUUGGAACAUGAAGUGCAAACUACUAAUAUAUUUUGUCGUGGUGACUGGCUAAUGGUUGCUGAACUCAAUGAUCUUAAGAAUAUAUUUUUGCCUUAAUUGGAUAAA